GCGAGUGUUUACUUCCGGCCGCCGGGCCGAGGCCGAGCGUGUGGGCGCGGGCGCGGGCCCCGCAGCCAUGGACUGGCUCAUGGGGAAGUCCAAAGCCAAGCCCAACGGGAAGAAGCCUGCAGCCGAGGAGAAGAAAGUGUACCUGGAGCCCGAGUACACCAAGGCCAGGGUCACCGACUUCGCCUUCAAGGAGCUGGUGGUGCUGCCCCGCGAGAUCGACCUCAACGAGUGGCUGGCGAGCAAUACGACAACGUUCUUCCACCACGUGAACCUUCAGUAUAGCACCAUCUCCGAGUUCUGCACCGGGGAGGCCUGCCAGACCAUGGCCGUGUGCAACACGCAGUACCACUGGUACGACGAGCGGGGCCGGAAGGUGAAGUGCACAGCGCCCCAGUACGUGGACUUCGUCAUGAGCUCCGUGCAGAAGCUGGUCACCGACGAGGACGUGUUCCCCACCAAGUACGGUACCUGUUCCACGUGCUGGCCCACAUCUACUCGGCCCACUUCAAGGAGACGCUGGCCCUGGAGCUGCACGCCCACCUCAACACGCUCUACGUGCACUUCAUCCUCUUCGCCCGCGAGUUCAACCUGCUCGACCCCAAAGAGACCGCGGUCAUGGACGACCUCACGGAGGUGCUGUGCAGCGGGGCCGGCGGGGAGGGGGCCGGCGCGGGCGCAGGGGCACAGAACCACGUGAAGGAGAGGUGAGCCCCGGCCCCGGCGCGCGUGUGCAGAGACGGUGACGGGGCUGCGUGUGCGCACACGCGCGGGGCGUGCUCGGCAGGAGGCCUGCGAGGGGACGCCGGCUGCGCUGACGGCCCCGGUGUGCGGGCAGCCGUGGGGCCCAGCUGCCAGGCGCGGGCUCUCCCCGCUCUCGGGGCUCAUCGGAGGACGCGCCCGGCCCCGGGUGCUGGCUUCGCGGUCUGCUUGGACGCUUCCAGGCAUCCCUCCCUCCCCCAGCCGCGCCUGGAUCUGACUCUCGGCGGCCAGGGCCUGCCGCCCUGGUCUCUCCUCCGGACCCUGUUCCCCAGGAGGCCUCUGUC